GAAAUCCGGUGAAGGAGUCGAGGAUAAUUUGUUUAAGGAUGUAGGUACGGGUUUGAAGGAACAUGGGCCUGUGUCAGAGGUGGCGGCGGCUCCGGCUGCCGGGCUUGCAAACCUGCCGGCUACACACGGCAGCUGUGCCAGCCCCUCCACAGUGGUUGGCAGAGCGGCUCGGCCUUUUUGAGGAGCUAUGGACUGCUCAAGUAAAGAAGUUAGCAAGCGUGGCACAGAAGGAGCACCGGACUAUUAAGAUAUCACUUCCUGGAGGCCAGAGGGUGGAUGCUGUGGCAUGGAGCACAACCCCUUACCAGCUAGCCCAGCAGAUCAGUUCAACAUUGGCAGAUACUGCAGUGGCUGCUCAAGUGAAUGGAGAACUUUAUGAUCUGGAACGGCCUUUGGAGACAGAUUCUGACCUCAGAUUUCUGACAUUCAGUUCUGCAGAGGGCAAAGCAGUGUUCUGGCACUCCAGCACCCAUGUCCUGGGAGCAGCAGCUGAACAGCUCCUUGGUGCUGUCCUCUGCCGAGGUCCAAGUACAGAAUGUGGCUUCUACCAUGAUUUCUUCCUGGGAAAGGAACGGACAGUCCGGGGCUCAGAGCUGCCUGCUUUGGAGCGGAUUUGCCAGGAACUUACAGCUGCUGCUCAACCCUUCCGGAGGCUAGAGGCUUCCCAGGAUCAGCUUCGCCAGCUCUUCAAGGAUAACCCCUUUAAGCUUCGCCUGAUUGAGGAGAAAGUGACAGGUCCAACAGCAAUAGUAUAUGGGUGUGGCAUGCUGGUAGACCUCUGCCGGGGCCCCCACCUUCGGCAUACUGGACAAAUUGGAGGACUGAAGCUGCUGACGAACUCGUCAUCCCUGUGGAGGUCUUCAGGUGCCCCAGAGCCACUGCAGCGAGUGUCAGGGAUCUCCUUCCCCACAAUGGAGGAGUUGAGAGCCUGGGAAGAAGGGAGGGAGGAAGCGGAGUUACGGGACCACCGGCGCAUUGGGAAGGCACAGGAGCUCUUCUUCUUCCAUGAACUGAGCCCCGGGAGCUGUUUCUUCCUGCCUCGAGGGACGAGGGUGUAUAAUGCACUGGUGGCUUUCAUCAGGGCCGAGUACACCCGCCGUGGUUUUUCUGAGGUGAAAACCCCCAUACUGUUUUCUACGAAGCUCUGGGAGGUGUCAGGACACUGGGAGCAUUAUCAGGAGGAUAUGUUUGCCCUGCAGCCCCCAGACUCUGACAGGCUCUCCAGCUCCCUGAGUGACCACGCUUCUAGCCAUCCUGCAGACACACUCGCCCUGAAGCCCAUGAACUGCCCUGCACACUGCCUGAUGUUCGCUCACCGGCCCAGAUCCUGGCGAGAGCUGCCCCUGCGCCUGGCGGACUUCGGGGCCCUGCACCGGGCCGAGGCCUCUGGCAGUCUGGGGGGACUGACCCGGCUGCGGUGCUUCCAGCAGGAUGACGCUCACAUCUUCUGUGCACCGGAUCAGCUUGAAACAGAGAUACAAGGCUGUCUUGAUUUCCUCCGCUCUGUCUACACUGUCCUUGGCUUCUCCUUCCGCCUGGCUCUAUCUACCCGGCCAUCUAGCUUCCUGGGCGAGCCUUGCCUUUGGGACCAGGCUGAGCAGGUCCUUCAACGGGCCCUGGAAGAAUUUGGAGAACCCUGGGAACUCAACCCUGGAGAUGGUGCCUUCUAUGGGCCUAAAGCCUCCGUCUCUCUCCUCCAGAUUGACGUGCACCUCCGCGAUGCCCUGGGCCGGCCCCAUCAGUGUGGGACAAUCCAACUUGACUUCCAGCUGCCCCUGAGAUUUGACCUCCAGUACAAGGGGCAGGCGGGGGCCCCAGAGCGUCCAGUCGUCAUUCACCGAGCAGUGCUAGGUUCUGUGGAAAGGAUGUUGGGAGUGCUAGCGGAAAGCUGUGGCGGAAAAUGGCCACUGUGGCUGUCCCCGUUCCAGGUGGUGGUCAUCCCUGUGGGAACUGAGCAAGAGGAAUAUGCCAGGGAGGCGCAGCGGAGGCUGCAGGCUGCAGGGCUGGUCUGCGACCUGGAUGCCGACUCGGGGCUGACGCUCAGCCGGAGAGUCCGCCGGGCUCAGCUCGCCCACUACAAUUUUCAGUUUGUGGUUGGCCAGAAAGAGCAGAGUAAGAGAACAGUGAACAUUCGGACUCGAGACAACUGCCAGCUUGGAGAGCGGGACUUGACUGAGGCCGUGCAGCGGCUGCUGGAGCUCCAGAACACCAGGGUCCCAAACGCUGAGCGAGUGUUCUGAGCUUUCAUAUACAGUUGCGGCAGAGACUCGCGGGAGCUGCCAGCCUCCCUUCAGGUGGAAGAGCCCGAACUGACCGCCAGAAUCCGGAGGCCCCCAGGCCACUCAGAACAAGUGUGGAGGCAUGAGCUUGCUCUCCUGGAAAGAGACUUGAUCUGGGGGAAGCUGUAGCUGUUUGGAUGUGAGAGGAGUGAAGCAAUAAAGAAUAAACUUGAAGCUUC